GGGUCGGCGGCGCCGGCGGUUGCUGUCACCUGAUUCUGGGAGCUGGUGGCAGCCGUAGCCGCGGCAAUGGACUUUCUCCUGGGAAACCCGUUCAGCUCUCCGGUGGGACAGCGCAUCGAGAAAGCUACAGAUGGCUCCCUACAGAGCGAGGACUGGGCCCUCAACAUGGAGAUCUGUGACAUCAUCAACGAGACUGAGGAAGGCCCCAAAGAUGCCUUCCGAGCAAUAAAGAAGCGAAUCGUGGGGAAUAAAAAUUUCCAUGAGGUCAUGCUGGCCCUCACGGUCUUGGAAACAUGUGUUAAGAACUGCGGGCACCGCUUCCAUGUACUGGUGGCCAGCCAGGAGUUUGUGGAGAGUGUACUGGUGAGGACCAUCCUGCCAAAGAACAAUCCACCAACUAUUGUUCAUGACAAGGUGUUGAACCUCAUCCAGUCCUGGGCUGACGCGUUCCGCAGCUCGCCUGAUUUGACAGGUGUCGUUGCUGUCUAUGAGGACCUGCGAAGGAAAGGCCUGGAGUUCCCCAUGACUGACCUGGACAUGCUGUCACCCAUCCACACACCGCAGAGGACUGUGUUCAACUCAGAGACACCAUCUGCACAGAACUCUGUGGUCUCUGACACCAGUCAGCGAGGAGAUCUAAGCCAACAUGCCGCCCCUCUGCCCACUCCAGCUGUCCUCCCAGGUGACUCACCCAUCACACCAACUCCUGAACAGAUUGGGAAGCUGCGCAGUGAGCUGGAGAUGGUGAGUGGAAAUGUACGAGUGAUGUCGGAGAUGCUGACAGAGCUGGUACCCACCCAGAUAGAGCCUGCAGACCUGGAACUACUGCAGGAACUCAAUCGCACUUGCCGUGCCAUGCAGCAGCGGGUCCUGGAGCUCAUUCCACGCAUCUCUAAUGAGCAACUGACCGAGGAACUGCUCAUGGUCAAUGACAACCUCAACAACGUGUUUCUGCGUCAUGAACGGUUUGAACGGUUCCGAACAGGCCAGACAGCCAAGGCCUCCAGUGAAACUGAGUCAGCCGCUGACCUGAUUGACAUGGGUCCUGACCCCACAGCCACCAACAGCCUCUCCUCCCAACUGGCAGGAAUGAAUCUUGGCUCCAGCAGUGUGAGAGCUGGCCUGCAAUCUCUGGAGACCUCGGGUCACCUGGAAGAUGACUUUGACAUGUUUGCUCUGACUCGGGGUAGCUCGCUGGCUGACCAACGGAAAGGGGUCAAAUAUGAAGCCCCCCAAACCACAGAUGGCCUGGCUGGAGCCCUGGAUGCCCGGCAGCAAAACACUGGAGCGAUCCCCACCAACCAGGCCCGCAUCAUGGAGGACAUUGAACAGUGGCUGUCCACAGAUGUGGGUAACAGCACUGAGGAUGCCUCUGGUGUCACCAGUGAAGAAUUUGACAAAUUUCUGGAAGAACGGGCCAAGGCUGCUGAUCGACUGCCCAACCUGGCCAGCCCUUCAGCCGAAAGACCUCCAGGACCUUCUCCUGGCACAGCUCCUCGAAGGAAGACCCAGGAGAAGGAUGAUGACAUGCUAUUUGCCUUAUGAAUGUAGGGCCUGGUACCCUGCAGCCCAGGGCCUGGCACUCUCAUACCCACUGGGGCCCCUCCCUCCCUCCUUUGGUGUUAAGGCUGCUUGGGGGUGUUCCCCCCUUCUUUCCUCCUGGAGCCUGGGCAACGGUGGGAUGAACUGGGGGAAUGGGUCAGCCCUCCACGGGGGUCCUGACUAGUCCUGCCUCCUCUAUCUUCCUGCCCGUUCUGACUUUGCUGAGACCUGGAGCCCCAGACAAGCUGACCUGAUGUGACCUGAUUGUCCUGGUGUGAGACUGCUUCCAUGAAAUCCCCCUGGCUCCUUCCCCGAGGAAGCUCAUGGGAGCCCUCCAGCAUCCACACUUCCAGUCUAGGUGAUAGAGGAGGCAUUACUACAGCCUCUCCCAUCCCUGUACCAGCAGAGCAGGGCCUAAAGAAGGUCUUGACUGGCUGUUGGGGUGGACUGUGGUGGCCCUUGCUGAGCUACCUUCAGUCCCAGGUACGAAACUGCACCCAGUGAGGCAAGACCUCACUAGUCCAGGUGUCAAGAUGAGACCUUGGGGAUUCUGAGUAUCCAGAGCCCCCCAGUUCCUCCACUGCCUUUCCCCCAUCUGUGCUCUGUUCCUCCAGCAGGGCUCACCCACCUGAGGCUUGUCUGUUGGUUGGUCCUCAGGAACAGACAGGAAGAGGUGCCUUUUGUGUCCUCAAAUAAAAGUAGA